UCCUUAAAACGUAAAGCCGCGCUCAGGUGGACGUUAGCGGACUGCAACGCACCUGUCACUUCAACUUCUGUCCUCCUCACGCGCUCCUGACGCGCGGGGCUUGUCUGCUCGUGCGCCCCUGCGCGGGGCGGCGCGGGGCGGCGCGGCUGCAGCAGCGACCUGUCUCUUUAAGUUGGUGUCAAAGCCGAUUAGCGCUGAUCUCCGUCGUGAUUCUGUUCUCACCGUCUGUUCCGCGAAUCUGUUUCUGCUCUGCGCUGCCGGCGGUGCGGGACGCUUCUGCUCUGCGGCCCGGAACGACGCGCGCUCCUCGGCUGACUCUUCGCCAAACUUUGGAGCAUGGAAACGUCGUGAGGCGCGUUCUCCUCUGCCCGCAUUAAAGACCCGAGCUGGUGAGCUGGUGAUGCGCGCUGCGCCGCGGACAACUACAACUUUUUAAACCAUGGUAAGCCCGGAUUACCUGCCCCUGCAGACGGACUCUGUAACCGCGCUCUCUGUGGGACGCCUCCGCUAAGAGAAGCGACAGCCCGGCAGUGCGUGAUGUGAUGCCCCGGAUUACUGCGUGAAGUUGGCACCAGAAUAAAAAGGAAACGCGGGCGAACAUAAAAUGCAGAAGGGCGUGCGGUACAACGAGGGCCACGCGCUCUAUCUGUCGGUGGUCGCGCGUAAGGAGGGCACGAAGCGCGGCUUCCUGAGCAAGAAGACCACGGAGAACAGCCGCUGGACUGAGAAGUACUUCGCCCUCUACCAGAACGUGCUCUUCUACUUCGAGAACGACCAGAGCACGAGGCCCUCCGGGAUUUACCUGCUGGAGGGAUGCACGUGCGAGCGGGCACCGGCGCCCAAAGUGUCCGCCAUCAGCAAGGAGCCCAUGGAGAAACAGCAGUACUACUUCCUGGUCAUCUUUGGUCACGAUGGACAGAAGCCCCUGGAGCUUCGCACCGAGGAGGAUUCAGACUGCAACGAGUGGGUGGAGUCCAUCCAGCAGGCCAGUUACUCUGACAUCAUCAUCGAGCGCGAGAUCCUGAUGCAGAAGUACAUCCACCUGGUCCAGAUCAUGGAGACUGAGAAGGUCGCGGCCAAUCAGCUUCGCACUCAGCUCGAGGACCAGGACACUGAGAUCGAGAGGCUUAAAGCUGAGAUCGUAGUGUUGAACAAAGCCAAGGAGAGGCUGCAGCCUUACCAGAGCAACCAAGAGGAGGAAGACCCGGAUAUCAAAAAGAUCAAAAAGGUACAAAGCUUCAUGCGUGGCUGGCUGUGCCGGAGGAAGUGGAAGAUCAUCGUCCAGGACUACAUCUGUUCGCCUCACGCUGAGAGCAUGAGGAAGAGGAACCAGAUCGUCUUCAACAUGGUGGAGGCCGAGACCGAGUACGUCCACCAGCUCUCCAUCCUGGUCAACUGUUUCCUCAGGCCGCUGCGCAUGGCCGCCAGCUCCAAGAAACCUCCCAUCAGCCACGACGACGUCAGCAGCGUUUUCCUCAACAGCGAGACCAUCAUGUUUCUGCACGAGAUCUUCCAUCAGGGGCUUAAAGCUCGGAUCGCUAACUGGCCCACGCUGGUUCUGGCCGACCUGUUCGACAUCCUGCUGCCCAUGCUGAACAUUUACCAGGAGUUUGUGCGGAACCACCAGUACAGCCUGCAGGUCCUGGCAAACUGUAAGCAGAACAGGGACUUCGACAAGCUGCUCAAACAGUACGAGUCCAACGCUGCCUGCGAGGGCCGCAUGCUGGAGACCUUCCUCACUUACCCCAUGUUCCAGAUUCCACGAUACAUCAUCACCCUUCACGAGCUGCUGGCUCACACGCCUCAUGAGCACGUGGAGCGCAAAAGUCUGGAAUUCGCCAAAUCCAAACUGGAGGAGCUGUCGAAGAUGAUGCACGACGAGGUGAGCGACACCGAGAACAUCAGGAAGAAUCUGGCCAUAGAGAGGAUGAUUGUGGAGGGCUGCGACAUCCUGCUGGACACGAGUCAGACCUUCGUCAGACAAGGCUCUCUCAUCCAGCUGCCGUCCAGCAGCGAGCGGGGCGUGCUCAGUAAGGUCCGCCUGGGCUCGCUCUCGCUGAGGAAGGAGGGAGAGCGACAGUGUUUCCUGUUCACCAAACACUUCCUCAUCUGUACCCGAACAUCUGGAGGAAAGCUUCACCUGCUCAAGCAAGGAGGGACCCUGUCUCUGAUCGAGUGCACGCUCAUUGAAGAACUGGACGCCAGCGACGAGGACUACAACGCAGCGGGUCAGGGCUUCAGCCAUCUGGAGUUCAAAAUCGUGGUGGAGCCCCCUGAUGGUCAGUCCUUCUCCGUCGUCCUCUUGGCUCCGUCUCGCCAAGAAAAGGCCGCGUGGACGAGCGACAUCAGCCAGUGCAUCGAUAACAUCCGCUGCAACGGCCUGAUGACCAGCGUGUUCGAGGAGAACUCCAAGGUCUCUGUGCCGCACAUGAUCAAGUCUGAUGCUCGACUGCACAAAGACGACGUGGACAUCUGCUUCAGCAAGACGCUCAACUCCUGCAAGGUCCCGCAGAUCCGAUAUGCCAGCGUGGAGCGGCUGCUGGAGCGGCUGACGGACCUGCGAUUCCUCUCCAUAGACUUCCUCAACACCUUCCUCCACACGUACAGGAUCUUCACCACCGCCGCCGUGGUCAUCGACAAGCUGGCCGACAUCUACAAGAAGCCGUUCACCUCCAUACCUGUCAGGAUCGAACAGCACUCGUGUGAUCGUCUGUCCAUCAUGUCCCUCUGUCCUGACUACAGUCUGAAGAUCACGCAGCUUGCCUUGGACCAGUCCAAGUCUCUGGAGCUCUUCUUCGCCACCAACCAGGGCUCGUGGGGGACGGACCCCCUGAACAACAAAUCCCCGAGGCUGUGCCGCAAGUUUUCCUCUCCCCCUCCUCUCUCCAUCCCCUCUCGCACCUCCUCCCCCGUCCACUGCCGCAAGCUCUCCCUCAGUUCCCCGGUCAGUGGGAAAACGGGAGCCUUGGACCUGUCCACCACCCCCUCCUCCUCUGCAGCCAACUCCCCCACCUCCAGCCACAGCCCCUCCAUCUCCUCUCCUCCUCCCGGCUCAACCAGGCCCCCCUCUGGCCUUUCAUCCCCUCCACCCACCGCCACACGCUCUCCCAGCCUGCCCCAGGCCUCCGGAGUGUCCUCGCCGCCCCCCGUCAGCACGAAGGCCCCGCUGGACCUCAGCCGCGGUCCCAGCUCCCCAGAGCCGAGCCCAGCUGCAGGGGAGGAUGUCAGCGGAGAGCUGCCUCGCCUCGACGCCUUCUGCGGGAAGCUGAGGCGCAGCAUCCGCAGGGCUGUUCUGGAGUCAGUAUCUCUGGACAAAUUCAUCCCUGAGUCACCAGCCAGCAGCGAGCCGGGCGACAUGUCUCCCUGCCGCUCGCCUUCGACGCCGAGGCAUCUCCGCUACAGACAGACAGGAGUCACGUCAGGGGACAACUCUCGCUGCACAAUGUCACCGGCUUCGGCGUUUGCGAUUGCCACAGCUGCUGCGGGACAUAGCAGCGCUCAGGGGUUUAGUAAUUCUGAGAAAACCUGCGACAAAGAGUUCAUCAUCCGCAGAGCUGCUACCAACCGAGUCCUCAAUGUGCUGCGACACUGGGUUUCUAAGCACUCCCAGGACUUUGAACUGAACGGCGAGCUGAAGAUGGGUGUGAUCAGCCUCUUGGAAGAAGUUCUGCGAGAUCCAGACCUGCUGCCACAGGAGAGGAAAGCAACAACAAACAUAUUAAGUGCCCUUUCUCAAGAAGAACAAGAUGACGCUCAGCUGAAGAUUGAGGACAUAUUACAGAUGAAAAGCUGUCCACUACUACACUUCAUUGCGGCAGAGUCUCCAAAGGCCGAGUGCUUUGAGUCUCUCUCGGCUAUGGAGCUGGCCGAGCAGAUCACACUCUUGGAUCACAUUGUGUUCAGGAGUAUUCCCUAUGAGGAGUUCCUCGGUCAGGGCUGGAUGAAGGUCGACAAGUCAGAGAGGACUCCGUACAUUAUGAAGACGAGCCAGCAUUUCAACGAUAUGAGUAACCUGGUGGCAUCUCAGAUAAUGACCCAUACCGACGUUGGCUCCAGGGCCAGCUCCAUAGAAAAGUGGCUAGCGGUGGCUGAUAUCUGUCGCUGCCUCAACAACUACAAUGGAGUGCUGGAGAUCACGUCUGCUCUCAACCGCAGCGCCAUCUAUAGGCUGAAGAAGACCUGGGCCAAAGUCUGCAAACAGACGAAGGCGCUCAUGGACAGGCUGCAGAAGACAGUGUCCUCAGAGGGGAGGUUCAAGAAUCUCAGAGAGACACUGAAAAACUGCAACCCUCCAUGUGUCCCAUACCUGGGCAUGUACCUCACUGACCUGGCUUUCAUUGAGGAGGGAACACCCAACUUCACAGAGGAGGGUCUGGUUAACUUCUCUAAGAUGAGGAUGAUUUCUCAUAUUAUUCGGGAGAUUCGUCAGUUCCAGCAAGCACCUUACAGGAUAGAGCACCAACCCAAGGUGACUCAGUUCCUCCUGGAUAAGACUCUAGUGAUGGAUGAAGAUACCCUCUAUGAGCUGUCGCUGAAGAUUGAACCCCGAGUACCGCCGGGCUAAUGAUAGUUAAUACACACACACACACACAGACAUGAUACACACAUUAAACAUCAGUCAUAAAUUAACAACGCUUGAGAUUCUUUCUUAAUAAAGCAGGGGUUGUUUCAUAAAACACCACCAGUUGUUGUGCUUAGGAAACUCAGGAGAAAAUGUGCCUUGAAUAAAUAUCUGAUGUGUUAUGUAGUAAACAAAAUGAACCGUACAACACACAACUCUGCCAUAUGAUUACACAGUGAUGACUGUACAAACAACCAUGUUAUCUACUAAACAUGGCACUAGAAAGUAACCUCUUGCUGCUAUCACACUGUAAAUACUGAACAAUCUGCCUCUGUAGUCUUGCACAUAAACUUCGUCAGAUGAGUUUUACAUUAUUGGUACAGUAUUGUUCAGAGCUGAAUUAACCCGCCUAUGGUUUCCCCCCAGGCCACAGGUUUGCUGUGUAGUAUCAUUUUCAGAUUCAUUUAGUUGUUUAAAGAGAACUGCAUGUUGUGUUCCAAUAAAAGUCAAAAAAUCCCUCCACUUCCAGGUUUUCACACAGCGAGACUAAAGCGUUUGGGAACGUUGCCCACUUUGCCUGGUUGGUAAUCCAGCCUUGUGUAUGAUAUGUGUUUGUUGAGAACAUUGUCAUAUUUAAAGAUGGCAGACGGUUCUCCACUUCCUCCCACUGUACAAAAGUGAAGCCAAAAUAUCCCUGAUACGAGCGCUGCCAUCUUGUUCUGGUGACAUCAUUUGGAGCCAGAGUCUGUGCAGUAGUGAUCAGCAUUGAAGCCACAGUAUUAUACCUGUCUGACCCAGUCAGGACUGGUGCUAAGCUGUCAGUUAUGACAUUUAAAACCAAACCUGUCUAAAAAAUGAACACUUGAACAUACAUCAGUGUGAGAAGAACCACCUUAAAUGACAAACGGUCGUUGAGAAAAAUUUAUUUGGCGUGUACUUUGAGAUUUCAGUUUGGCUCAUGUCCCACCUGCUGACAUGGAGGGGGAGGGGCUUAUGAGCUGUACUGUAGCCAACCAGCAGGGGGCCAUCCUGGCUUCACUUGUGGGGAGCUCUGAAGUCAGUGGUGGAGACACACUGGGUUUCCUAAACAAUUGAAGUGCAGUUUAGAUAUUUUAUCUAUCAACAUUUGCAUGUUUCAGCAAACCUCUUUAUGCUUUUCGCACAUUCCAAAUCUGAAAAAUACGGUUAUCACACAUUUUGUUUUCUUCUUCUUCUUCUCUUGACAAUCAAAAGCGUUUCCAAUGCACAUCAUAUCUUUUUAGCUUUGUAUUAAACAUUUUGUACACAAAACGAUAUGAUUUUCAAUUAUCUUCAUUUUUUCAAGAGAACUGGCCUCAAAGGUUUCUUACAUGCUACAAAACCCUGCAGUUAAAUAUCUUUUAAUGUAUCACUUUUAUUGUUAGUUCCUUGUCAAUGUGAUUAUUUAAGUAUAUUUAUACUUUAAACCUUGUUGACUGUACUAGUAAAAUAGUAAUAUAUUUGCACUAUUGAUUUGUAAAGAAUGCCGAUAGACUCUAAACUCAUUCAUAGCAUGAAUCUAGCAUGACGUCGCCUCCGCCCUUCAGGUUACUUUUAUCCUGUAACUGACUGUUAUUGAGUUUUAUUAGCUUCAAUCAGUUAUUUUGACCCAUUCCUGACUUCAGGGGUCUUCAAAUGUUUAAAUACAUUAGUACAAAAUAUCCUUACUUUUCUUAUUUGUUUACUUUGAAAUUCCAGUUUUGAUGUUGUAUUUUUCCAUGCUUUUCUCUGUGUGAUGUACGGAUAUUUACACACAAUAAAAGCAAAAAAUGUGAAUUAUGACGUAGUUGAUUUUUCAUGGCAACAGUAAAACAUAUCAGUAUUUAUCAGUGAUCCUGGCCCUAUUGGAUCAGAACCAAAUUAUGUGGUGUUGUCUGCCCCCUACUGAAUUAUACAAUCAAAAUGUUAAAUGUA